AUUCACCCGUGCAGCUAGCAUCACCGUGCAGCGACAUGAGCACCGUCCUCCCGUCGAUCCAUCGAGGCGGUGGCAUGCAGGCUCCGCACCCCAAAGCCCAUCCACGGGUGCCGCCGUCGUCGUCGUCCCAAAACAAUGGCGAAGCCGAACGGACGCUGGCCGACGAGUACUUUGAUCGGAUCUGCGCGCUCGAGAACGAAAACGAGAAGUCUCGAGGCGAAAUGCGCCAACUGCGAUCGCUCCUGUCCAACAACAUCCAAGGUCGAGAGGACGAGACAGCAUCCGCGCUGACAUUACUCCAGCAACAAGUCACCACCCUCCAGGGCGCGUUGGCGUCGAAACUGCAGGCGGACGCUGCGGGCCACGAAAACGAAAAACAAAAGGCGGCUCUACUGUUUGGCGAGGUAGUUCGCGUCGGCAAACACGUCGAGUCUCUCGAGCAGCAACUGCAACAGCAACUCACGGCGCUGGACCAGCGAAUACAACACGUGGCCGAGACCAAAUCGGCAGACUUGGUCCGUGCCCACGCGCUAUCGCAGCAACAUUCCCACGAGGCUCUCGUACGCGAUCACACCCAAUCGAUUGAAGAGCUUCGGGCGUUGGUGGCGUCGAUGCGGAGCACUGUCCUGCAGGUCAAGACCGACCUGGAGGCCGACCGGAACGAGCGGUGGAAGGUCGAGCUGGAGAAAGCACAGACUGUGGCACACGGAAAGGCAGAUGCUGCGUCGUGGUCCGAAGUCGAGAUGCGAUUGCAAAGUCAACUGGACCGCCUCAAUAAUCGCGUCGCCAUGGACAAGACGGAGAUGCUUCGAAUGGUCGAAGAACAGCGCGACACAGCCAUGGCGAUCGAGGCGAAACGAAUGGCCCACAUCGUACAAGAUACCAAGCGCAUGACAGACCACGUGCUGGGCCUCGAGCAAUGGAUUCAAAAUGAAGCGAGAGCGCUCAAUCACAUCGUACAGAGUCUCUCGACCGACUGGGACUCGAGGUUUCGAACUCUGGCCGACGAAGUUGCGCGGGAGGUGUCGACGCGAAGUGCCGCGUACCAGCAACUUGACGACGACAUGCGAAGCCAGUGGGCUGACUUGCAUGACGCGACCCGCGACGUGACGGUGCAUGUUCAACAUCGGUUGAAGGAAAUGGAAGACAUCAUGCCGAUGGAGAUCAAGGCGCGGCAAAAGGGAGACGAGAGACUCAAGAAGCGCAUCGAGGGCCUUGCCAAAUCGCUGACGCAACUCCUCGACUCCCUCCGGAACGACGUCGAGUCCGGUCGAAGCGCCACAACGGUGCGCGUCAACGGGAUUCUUGCGACGCAGCUCGAGAUGACUACAUCGAUCGAUCACAUCACUUCCAAGUUGCACAAACAGCUCCAGACCGUCCAAGAAGACAUGCGUGUGGCGCUCGCAAAUGCGCUGCACAUCACAACCCGUGAUUUCACCGACCGGUUGGCUGCGGCUGCCGACGUCACGCAGACCGUCGAGCGCUUGCAAAAGACGAUGGACGAGCGGCUGGAAUUGAUGCGGCAAGGGUGGGCGAACAUGGACAAUAGAACGCAGGACCAACUCGCUCAAGUCCAUGCCCAUGUGGAUAAAGGGGUCGCCGACAUGCACGCGCGGCUGCUGGCCGUCUAUGGCGACGUCGAGAAGAGCCACGUUGAAGUCACGCAGCAGAACUUCGUGCACCACACUGCGUUGCGGACUCAGCUCGCCGCCUUGCAAACUGCACAAAACGUGGUCGAGUCCAACCUGCGAGGGUCCGUCGAGCAUGCCGUCGGAUCGUUGAAUGCGGCAUGGACACGAUCGUUGGAGGACAUGCGAGUCGCGACUGCCGUGGAGCAAUGCGUCGCAAACGUUGUGAGCCAAGUGGUCGACGACGCGGCGACGGAAGCCAUGGGAAACAUGGCCUGGAACACACAGCAGGGCUUCGAGUGGCAAGCACAACACACGAACGAUGCCAUCUCCGCCGCCGUGUUUGAUGCUCGCGUCCGACAACAAGCCCAGGCGAGCAUCGACCACGUUGCGAAUCAAAUGCGCACGAUCGACGCACGGUGCACCGACGCCAUCGCAAGGCUCGGCGACAACCAAACCCACGUUGCGGGCCAAGUUCGCCAAGUCCAAGAAACGCUAGUCGCCAUGGCAUGGAACAUUGAAGAGCGAUCGGUGCACGACAUUGUGUCGGACGUGCUGCGAGGUUGUGCCACGGCUGUUGCGAGUGCUGCCACGGCACACGAGAUGGCGGGGCAAUUGCAGGUCCUCUCGGCAUGAUCCGUUUUGACUCUGCUGACGACCUGUCGAUUCCAGGACGUUGGGGUCCACCUUCGCCAACUUGAUGUCGAAGUCCAAGUCCUACGGAACAAUGUUGACGAAGUGCGCAUGGAAGCGAAGCAAAACGACGAGUGCGAGCGACUGCGUGCGGCCAUGGCAUCCAUACAUGAGCAGGUCAACGCCCUCGCCGCGGCGUUGGCCGCGGUGCAGCGCGCACCCAUGGCGGCGCCUCCCACCGAUUACACUUCAUUUGAACUGUAAUGUUGGAAUAUUUAAGAUGGUUAUCGUAGCCUUGCCGACUGAGUUCGCUUGAGUCCCAUCAGGGACGCUGAUGACGUUGUGGACGACGGGCACGUCAUGUGGAGCGGGUCGGUGAUAGCGCGGGGUAGACUGCUAACUGGUGUUGCAACAUCUGACGGCGGGGUAAUCGCAACGUACCAACCCCACUGGGGCGACGCGCUUUGCAAGUCGUGCUUGGUGUGGGUUUCUGAGCCCGCGCUGUCUUCUGCUUCCCGUUUGUCUGGGGUCGUGAUGGCCAAUGUUUGCAACUCGUCGAGAAGCGCGUCAUCGUCUUCAUGCCCGUUCGAUCCAAGCCCCACGUCACAAUCGGUGGGACUGACGGUAUGUUUCGUGGGCUCUUGGGACCGCGAGGCGUCCGUCUUGACAUGCACAUCGCACCAACUCACUACUCGCUGCCUCACAUCACCCGUGGUCGUUUCGUCGGGAGUUGCCGUCGUUGCUCGAAAGUACGUGACAAUGCUGAUCGCCGUGGCCCCUACAGCGGCGGCAGUGGCGACCACCGGAUGCUCCUUGAUCCACUUCACACUCGACGACAGCUCUUUGCCCGUGGGGAAGAAGCCAUAGCUCACAUCGGCCAUGGGAUCGGCGCGGUGGGUGUGAAUAUGGCCCAUCCGAAUGACCCUUCG